UCCUGAUGGAGUCUCUUGCCACUAAGAAGCCCCAUGCUAUUUUUAUCCCUUUCCCAGCCCAGGGACAUGUUAACCCAAUGAUGCAACUAGCAAAGCUUCUUCACUCAAGAGGCUUCUAUAUCACCUUUGUUAAUACUGAGUUCAACCAUAGCCGUUUGGUCCAGUCCAGGGGUUCCAACUCGGUGAAGGACUCGCCUUUUUUUAAGUUCCAAACCAUUCCUGAUGGGGUGCCACCAUCUAACCCUAAUGCCACCCAAAGUGUCACUUCCCUCUUGUAUUAUACUCAGAAACACAGUCUGGCCCCACUUCACGAUCUGAUCAGAAAGCUCAACUCUCUGGAGGAUUCGCCUCCGGUUAGUGUAGUUAUUUCUGAUGGAAUCAUGAGCUUUGCUAUUGAGGUGGCAGAGGAACUGGGCAUACCAGAGUUUCAAUUCUGGACUGCUUCCUCAUGUGGGUUCAUGGCCUAUCUUCAGUUUGUGGAGCUUCCCAAAAGAGGCAUUUUUCCUUUGAAAGAUGAGAACGACAUCACUAAUGGCUAUCUCAACACUCUGCUAGACUGGAUACCAGGAAUGAAAAACAUGCGAAUGAAGGACAUGCCGAGCUUUGUCAGAAGUACAAACCCUAACGAUAUCGCCUUCAACAGAUGGUUAGAAGAGGCACAAAACAAUUUAAAAUCCCAUGCAAUUGUAUUCAAUGCAUUCAGCGAAUUUGAGCAUGAGGUUUUGGAGGCAGUCACAUCUAUAUUCCCUCGCAUAUACACCGUUGGCCCCCUCUCACUGCUUUGCAAAAGCUUGCCAGAGAAUGAAGUGAACUCCAGAAGGUCAAGCCUGUGGAAAGAGAGCAAUGAAUGCACUGAUUGGCUUGACAAGCAAGGGCCCAACUCAGUAGUUUAUGUUAACUUCGGUAGCAUUGCUGUCAUGAGUGACAAGCAUUUGGAAGAAUUUGCAUGGGGGCUUGCGAAUAGCGGGUACCCAUUUUUAUGGAUUGUCAGAUCUGAUCUUGUGAUGGGUGAGUCAACAAUGUUGCCAGAACCAUUCGUUCAGGAGACUAAGGAUAGGUGUUUGAUAGCGAGUUGGUGCCCACAAGAUCAAGUUCUGUCUCAUCCAUCAAUUGGAGUGUUUUUGACUCACAUCGGGUGGAACUCUACAUUGGAAGGCGUUUGUGGAGGGGUGCCAAUGAUUUGUUGGCCAUUUUUUGCAGAGCAACAAGUGAACUGUAGGUAUGCUUGCACCACAUGGGGGAUAGGUGUGGAGAUCGAACACGAUGUGAAGCGAGAACAAGUUCAAGAUCUUGUUAGCAAAAUACUUGAAGGCGAGGAAGGAAAGAAGCUGAGGAACAAGGCCAUGGAUUGGAAGAAGAAAGCCGAAGCUGCAGUGAUUGAAGGUGGGUCUUCUUAUAAUAAUUUCAAUCUACUUGUGGAGGAGCUUCUACAAAUGUCUUUGAAUCAUCGCAAACAAUGUGGGUGA